GGUCCGGGUUCGAGCUUGUUUUCCCCCGGAAGGGUGAGUCUGGACGCGGGCGCUGAAGGGGCGCUGCCGGAGGUCCUCAGGAAGGAGGCGCGGGGACUGGCUGCGCUUGACAGGCUGCACUUGGAUGGGAGCACCUGGUGCCUCGGGACUGCUCCGAUGCCCGGGUCUGUGCUGAAUGUGUAAUAUGCGGAACUAUAUUGAAACAUUACAACCAUCUUUUGAUGGCAACACCCUGAGGACCUCCCUUUUCCAGAUGGGGAAACUGAGGCCCAGAAUUGCUAAGUGGCUUGCUUGAGUUGACACAGGGAGCUCCAGGACUCGCCCUCAGCUGAGCCACCUGCCGGGAGCAUGCCUCUGCGCCACUGGGGGACGGCCAGGGGCAGUAAGCCCGUUGGGGAUGGAGCCCAGCCCAUGGCUGCCAUGGGAGGCCUGAAGGUGCUUCUGCACUGGGCUGGUCCAGGCGGCGGGGAGCCCUGGGUCACUUUCAGUGAGUCAUUGCUGACAGCUGAGGAAGUCUGCAUCCAUAUUGCACAUAAAGUUGGUAUCACUCCUCCUUGUUUCAAUCUCUUCGCCCUCUUCGAUGCUCAGGCCCAAGUCUGGUUGCCCCCAAACCACAUCCUAGAGAUCCCCAGAGAUGCAAGCCUGAUGCUAUAUUUCCGCAUAAGGUUUUAUUUCCGGAACUGGCAUGGCAUGAAUCCUCAGGAACCGGCUGUGUACCGUUGUGGGCCCCCAGGAACCGAGGCAUCCUCAGAUCAGACAGCACAGGGGAUGCAACUCCUGGACCCAGGCUCAUUUGAGUACCUCUUUGAGCAGGGCAAGCAUGAGUUUGUGAAUGACGUGGCAUCACUGUGGGAUCUGUCGAGCGAGGAGGAGAUCCACCACUUUAAGAAUGAGAGCCUGGGCAUGGCCUUUCUGCACCUCUGUCACCUCGCUCUCCGCCAUGGCAUCUCCCUGGAGGAGGUGGCCAAGAAGACCAGCUUCAAGGACUGCAUCCCACGCUCCUUCCGUCGGCAUAUCCAGCAGCACAGUGCCCUGACCCGGCUGCGCCUUCGGAACGUCUUCCGCAGGUUCCUGCGGGACUUCCAGCCGGGCCGACUCUCCCAGCAGAUGGUCAUGGUUAAAUACCUAGCCACACUUGAGCGGCUGGCACCCCGCUUCGGCACAGAGCGUGUGCCCGUGUGCCACCUGAGGCUACUGGCCCAGGCCGAGGGGGAGCCCUGCUACAUCCGGGACAGCGGGGUGGCCCCUACAGACCCUGGCCCCGAGUCUGGUGCUGGGCCCCCAACCCACGAGGUGCUGGUGACUGGCACUGGUGGCAUCCAGUGGUGGCCAGUACAGGAGGAGGUGAACAAGGAGGAGGGUUCUAGUGGCAGCAGUGGCAACCCCCAAGCCAGCCUGUCUGGGAAGAAGGCCAAGGCUCACAAGGCAGUCGGCCAGCCGGCGGACAGGCCGCGGGAGCCACUGUGGGCCUACUUCUGUGACUUCCGGGACAUCACCCACGUGGUGCUGAAAGAGCGCUGUGUCAGCAUCCACCGGCAGGACAACAAGUGCCUGGAGCUGAGCCUGCCUUCCCGGGCUGCGGCGCUGUCCUUCGUGUCGCUGGUGGACGGCUAUUUCCGCCUGACGGCCGACUCCAACCACUACCUGUGCCACGAGGUGGCUCCCCCACGGCUGGUGAUGAGCAUCCGGGAUGGGAUCCACGGACCCCUGCUGGAGCCAUUUGUGCAGGCCAAGCUGCGGCCCGAGGACGGCCUGUACCUCAUUCACUGGAGCACCAGCCACCCCUACCGCCUGAUCCUCACAGUGGCCCAGCGUAGCCAGGCACCAGACGGCAUGCAGAGCUUGCGGCUCCGGAAGUUCCCCAUUGAGCAGCAGGACGGGGCCUUCGUGCUGGAGGGCUGGGGCCGGUCCUUCCCCAGCGUUCGGGAACUUGGGGCUGCCUUGCAGGGCUGCUUGCUGAGGGCUGGGGACGACUGCUUCUCUCUGCGUCGCUGUUGCCUGCCCCAACCAGGAGAAACCUCCAAUCUCAUCAUCAUGCGGGGGGCUCGGGCCAGCACCAGGACACUCAACCUCAGCCAGCUCAGCUUCCACCGCGUUGACCAGAAGGAGAUCACCCAGCUGUCCCACUUGGGCCAGGGCACAAGGACCAACGUGUAUGAGGGCCGCCUGCGAGUGGAGGGCAGCAGGGACCCUGAGGAGGGCAAGAUGGAUGACGAGGACCCCCUCGUGCCUGGCAGGGAGCAUGGGCAGGAGCUACGAGUGGUGCUCAAAGUGCUGGACCCUAGUCACCAUGACAUCGCCCUGGCCUUCUACGAGACAGCCAGCCUCAUGAGCCAGGUCUCCCACGCACACCUGGCCUUCGUGCAUGGCGUCUGUGUGCGCGGCCCUGAAAAUAUCAUGGUGACAGAGUAUGUGGAGCACGGACCCCUGGAUGUGUGGCUGCGGAGGGAGCGGGGCCAUGUGCCCAUGGCUUGGAAGAUGGUGGUGGCCCAGCAACUGGCCAGCGCCCUCAGCUACCUGGAGAACAAGAACCUGGUUCAUGGUAAUGUGUGUGGCCGGAACAUCCUGCUGGCCCGACUGGGGCUGGCAGAGGGCACCAGCCCCUUCAUCAAGCUGAGUGAUCCCGGCGUGGGCCUGGGCGCCCUCUCCAGGGAGGAGCGGGUGGAGAGGAUCCCCUGGAUGGCCCCCGAAUGCCUAACAGGUGGGCCCAACAGCCUAAGCACCGCCAUGGACAAGUGGGGGUUUGGCGCCACCCUCUUGGAGAUCUGCUUUGACGGAGAGGCCCCUCUGCAGAACCGCAGCCCCUCCGAGAAGGAGCAUUUCUACCAAAGGCAGCACCGGCUGCCCGAGCCCUCCUGCCCAGAGCUGGCCACACUCACCAGCCAGUGUCUGACCUAUGAGCCGACCCAGAGGCCAUCAUUCCGCACCAUCCUGCGUGACCUCACCCGGCUGCAGCCCCACACUCUUCCAGAUCUUGCUGACGUCUUGACUGUGAACCCGGACUCACCAGCCUCAGACCCUACGGUUUUCCACAAGCGCUAUUUGAAAAAGAUCCGAGAUCUGGGCGAGGGUCACUUCGGCAAGGUCAGCUUGUACUGCUACGAUCCGACCAACGACGGCACUGGCGAGAUGGUGGCGGUGAAAGCCCUCAAGGCAGACUGCGCUCCCCAGCACCGCUCCGGCUGGAAGCAGGAGAUUGACAUUCUGCGCACGCUCUAUCACGAGCACAUCGUCAAGUACAAGGGCUGCUGCGAGGACCAAGGUGGGCGGGACCCGGCGAGUCCUAGAGACUCGAGGGGGCGUGGUUAUAGCGUUGGCGUGGCCUUGUGGGCGGGGCCAGUCUGGCCUAGCCAAUUAGAGACUCUCAACCCCAGGCUGCAGUCCGCGGUUCUUGGCAGCUGGGUGAGCGUGGCUGGGCGAGCGUGGCUGGGCUGCCUCCUUCCCAUCUGGGGGGUGCUACCUGCUGGGGCCAGGAUGGACGGGAGCCACCAGCAGCUCCCUCAAGCGAGAAGUCUCUGCAGCUGGUCAUGGAGUACGUGCCCCUGGGCAGCCUCCGAGACUACCUGCCCCGGCACAGCGUCGGGCUGGCCCAGCUGCUGCUCUUCGCCCAGCAGAUCUGCGAGGUAUGCCCCAGAGUGCCUGAAGGAGUAUAAGUUCUACUAUGCGUCCGAUGUCUGGUCCUUCGGGGUGACCCUGUAUGAGCUGCUGACGCACUGUGACUCCAACCAGAGCCCCCCCACGAAAUUCCUUGAGCUCAUAGGCGUUGCUCAGGGUCAGAUGACAGUUCUGAGACUCACCGAGUUGCUGGAACGAGGGGAGAGGCUGCCACGGCCCGACAAAUGUCCCUGUGAGGUCUAUCAUUUCAUGAAGAACUGCUGGGAGACAGAGGCGUCCUUCCGCCCAACCUUCGAGAACCUCAUACCCAUCCUGAAGACAGUCCAUGAGAAGUACCAAGGCCAGGCCCCUUCAGUGUUCAGCGUGUGCUGAGGCACAAUGGCAGCCCUGCCUGGGAGGAUUGGACCAGGCAGUGGCUGCAGAGGGAGCCUCCUGCUCCCUGCCCCAGGAUGAAACCAAGAGGGGGAUGUCAGCCUCACCCACACUGUGUGCCUUACUCCUGUCUGGAGACCCCACCUCUGUGAACUUACUUUUCUUCCAUGACCUUGAGCCUAACCAUGAUCUUGAGGGACCCAACAUUUGUAGGGGCACUAAUCCGGCCCUUAAAUCCCCCAGCUUUCAAACUUGAGACCCACCAUCUCCACCAUCUGGUAAUAAAUUCCUGUUUUCUCUGCUGGA